AUGAAGUUCACCACAAUCACUAGCAGCCUUCUGGCUUUCUGCACUCUGGGCAAUGCAGCCAUCAACCUCAGCUAUGCCCCCGAAACCGACCGCUCAAACCAAAUCGCGCUGGGCGAGAACGUGAGAAUUGCUUGGGAAAGCGACAAAACCUACGACCUCCAUCUCGAAAUGGUUACAAAAAAAGACGACAAGAAGCAUUGGCCCAGCGGCUGGCGACCCAUCGAGACCAUGUUUAUGAACUUGAGAUUGAACGCUGGCAAAGGCGAGUAUUUGUACAACAUCCCUGUUGGAACGGGCCAGCGUACUAGUGUGGCUAUCAAGGAUGGCGAUUUAUGCUCUUUUGUGAUUACUGGAACGGAAAUCGACGACAGUGGACUUCGGUAUGUUAAUCAUACUGCUUGGUUCCCGGUUGUCAAGCAUGAAAUUUCGCCAAAGGAUGGGUUUAAGCAGCAGAAAUUCUCGGGUUGA